AUGCUGGCGUGUGUGGUCAACGCCGGCUUUUUACCCCUUGCCAUUUUCCAGCGACGGGAUAUCGAAGAUGCCAUUGAAUCUUUCAAGGAAUCAACAGACACGAAUGGCGAUCAUCUGGUCAAUACCGACAUGGAUAUUUGGCCUCUCAUUGGCAAGAUUCUACUGGUGAUUCCUAUCAUCAUCGCCGUCUGCACCUUGAUUCUGCCAAUCAGUGUUUGGUAUCUGAAGCAAUACUUCUCAUGGCAGUCAUAUCGUAAUGUUGGUGCAGAUGCUAAGAUGAGAAAGAUUCGAAUUAUUCACCAUAUCUUUGUCAUGCUCGCCAAAAUGGAUAUUUACUUCAUCGUCUGCUUCGAAAUGAUCUUCUGCUUUCCCGUUCUCGGAGGAAUCCGCAAUGGAGGCGACUACUUCAUCAUCAACCUUGUCCUUCUCGGUAUUGCAGUCGCCAUCAUCUUCGCGUCUAUAAUGUUCAGCAAGUCAGAGCACCGCGUCGGCAUGUGUUUCUCUAUUGCCAUGUAUCUUGCAAUGCUUGGCUACUUGCUGUAUCUGGUCAUCUACGCACAACUAGACAGCAGGACGAGAACCGGAGGUUCGAUCAACUCUUUCACCGCUUUUGGUUGCAUGAGUGUUGUUUCCAUCUUUAUGACGACAAUAUUCGCCAUAUUAUGCCUUAGAAACUUCUUUGGAGGGUUGAAGGAGCAUCUGGGGAAGCACGAAGAAGCGUGGGAUCCUCAUGGAAGUGCCAAGGACUUUGAACUUGAUAACGACAUCAACUUUGAGUAUAAGAGCGUACCGAGCGUUCGAGAUCUGGAUAGCUGA